CCCCUACCAAGCCCCCCGGCGCAAAAAUAGCAUUGGCGAUUGCCCUCGCCCAGGCAAAGCUUCCGGCACAAGCGCUCGCAACUCAUUGCCGUGGGGAGCGCUACCAGGCCAGACGCGCGUGCACUCCAAUCGCCAAUCGCGCCUUCGACCCUGGCCGAACAGAAAAAACAUCGCUGAAACGUCGCGCGAACGCCUGCUUCCGCAUGGGAGCCACUGGAUCAGUGCCCCACGGCGCGUGUCCUGCGCGAUUCUGCCGUCGUGCCUGGCGCCCCCUGGUCGGCAUCCAUUACUGUUGUGGCUGGCAGAUGAAUUUCCUUCUAACCCUGGCUGCGCUGCACUGCUCUGCAUUGCAGAGCGCUCCCGCACAGGCCUACACGGCCGCCUGGUGUGCAGAGCGCUCCCGCACAGGCCUACACGGCCGCCUGGUGUGCGUCUUCGGCAACUCAAUCAGCCGACCCCUCCAGAGGUCAUCAAUCGGGGAUGGACAGAACCCCCUUUAGAGAAGGGGGAGGAGGACCGGGGAAAAACCGCAACCUCCGAAGCGGGCGAGAAUGAAUUCCUACUAGUCAGUCCGGCGGGCCAGAGCGCUCCUGCAGCCGGCGGCGAACCGUCGCACGCGCACACAAAAAGGCUCCAAUAGGCGGCCAGAAGCUCACGAGAGUCUCUCGGUGUCGUGCGAUACAGCGGUGAACCAUCAACUGCUGGUAAGGAACGUUCCCUACCGCUUGGCAACUCGGAGGAUGAAGAAGACACUGGCACGAAAUGCUAUUCGGAGCGCGAAGCUCCCGCGCAUCUCCGAUGAUGUCGGCUUGCAGUGGAACUCGGCGUGGCCUUUCCUCUUUAGAC